AUGUGUUAUUGGCAUCAAAAACUCAUAGAGGAACCUGCUGCUGCAUCCAUACAAGAGGCCCAGGGCAGCGCAUCAUCCAGCCAAGGCAGCGCAUCGUCCAGCCAGGGCAGCGCAUCGUCCAGCCAGGGCAGCGCAUCACCCAGCCAGGGCAGCGCAUCACCCAGCCAGGGAAGCGCAUCAUCGAGGCAGGGCAGCCCACCACCGGCCCAUUGCAACCCACCACCGGCCCAGGGCACCGCAGCACCACCACCGGCCCAGGGCAGCCCACAACCACCACCGGGCCAGGGCGCAUCAUCGAGCCAGGUCAGCCCACCGUCCCAGGGUAGCCCACAACCACCACCGGCCCAGGGCAGCCCACAACCACCACCGGCCCAGGGUAGCCCACCACCACCACCGGCCCAGGGUAGCCCACCACCACCACUGGCCCAGGGCAGCCCACCACCGGCCCAGGGCAGCCCACAACCACCACCACCGGCCCAGGGCACCGCAGCACCACCACCGGGCCAGGGCGCAUCAUCGAGCCAGGUCAGCCCACCGGGCCAGGGCGCAUCAUCGAGCCAGGUCAGCCCACCGGGCCAGAGCACAUCAUCGAUCCAAAACACUCCUCUUGUCCCACGCCUCAGAACAAAGUCUUCAACUCCAAUGCAGCGGUACAGGCUGCGUAAGGCUGAAGAUCUGGGUCCUCCAUCUCAGAAGGUGAGUCCGAGCCUAACCAACUCCGACAGACUGUGGUCACCCCGGCGCCCCUCAUCAUUAAGGGACACCAGGGAAAACCACAGAAAGUCAUUGCCAUCCAGGAGUCCUCCAGGCACCGCAGUCCCCAGGAAUCAAGGGCCAAACCCCAAUGGCGCAAGAGGGCCGCAAUUGCUUACGGUCCCCCAGAUCACCACGGGGCAGGUCCAGGAAAACAAGGGGGCCAUGGACACCAGGGAAACAGAGAGCCCCAGGGGAGAACGAGAAAUGACGGCAAAAUCAAUUGUCGCCACCCAAGCCUCCCCCGGUUGUGUGGCUCCCCGCCCCUGUCUGGUGACCCCAGAGGCGGAUAGGGAAAGACCACAGCAGAGCCGCGACAAUCCCCACCACCCCCAGGAGGGGAGACGGGAAGGGCCACAGCGAACUGCGGUCCUCCCCACCCCAAGACCAGACUGGAGAGACAGCUCCAGAAAUCCUCCAGGCUACCGCAGUCCCCAGGAAUCAAGGGCCAAAACCCCAAUGACGCAAGAGGGCCGCAAUUACUUACGAGGCGGACAGGGAAAGACCACAGCCAGGCUGCGACAAUCCCCACCGCCCCCAGGAGGGGAGCCGGGAAGGGCCACGGUGAACCGCGGUCCUCCCCACCCCAAGACCAGACUAGAGGAAGAUGGCACCAGCAAGGGGAUUGAGAAGCCCCCCCGGGGAAAGGUCGAGACCGGCCGCAAAAUGAAUUGCGGCCGGCCCUACUCCCCCAGGUCGUUACGGCUUCCCGUGCCCUGGUGUCCCCCCUAG